GGAAGGCUCUGAUUGGACUGGAGGGUCCCUUCCAAUUAAUUCUACAAUUACGAUUCUAUAAAAGUGGGUUCAGUGGGUUGAGUCUAGCAUUGGGUUUUGGAGGCCAUGGGUCUUUCUUGUUUCUCAGGGGCUUCUCUCUCCAGGUGCCACCAUGGGCACCACCAACCAAGGCUGGCCUGAGGAAUUCGGCUUCCGGCUCGGCGGCCACGGGCCCUGCUUCAUCCUGGCCGUGGACGAUGGGAGCAGCGCCCAGAUGGCCGGCCUGCGCCCCGGGGACCAGGUCCUGGAGGUGGAAGGCCAGCCGGUCUCUGCCUUGUCCUGCGAGGCCUUGGUGGCCUUGGCCCGGCGGUGCCAGAACGUGCCCCCCAGCAUCGGGGUGGUCUCCCGCGUCCAGCAAGUGGACCUCCGGCCGGGUCAAGAGGGCUACUUCGGCUUCACUUUGGCCCCCGAUAUAGGGCCGCCUCUGCAAGUAGAAAACGUAGUCCCAGGCUCCCCGGCCUCUGACUCUGGACUCAAAGCCGGAGACUACGUCCUGGAGGUCAAUGGGGUCCCGGUGAAGGUUUACAAAGAGGUGGAGGCCAUGAUCCACAAUAGCCAAGACCGGGGUCUCCAGUUGGGGGUCCUCCGCCUCGGGCGGACCCAAACGCGGAGGGCCAGCAGCGACAUCCGGGCCUUUGUCCAGAGUGCGGACGCCAUCCACCAGGAGCGGAGGCAGAAGGCCCGGGAGUUCAGCAAGAAGGUGCAAGAGAUCCUGGGGGAUGAACCCGAACUCAAGGAGAAGAUGUUCACCAUCCUCAAGCAAUUUGCGGCCGAGAGGAAGGUGGACGACUUGGCCUAUGCGCUGGCCAUGCUCUUCACCAAGGACUCCCACCGCCUCCUCAUUGACAAUAUCAGGAUCUUCAUCCCGCGGAAGCACCGCCAGCGCUUUGAUGAAGUGGUCUCCCAGAGCCUGAUCAGCAAGCUGUGCCGGUCCAAGAGCGGGCAUCCCGGGGGGCGGCUGAGGCGCAGCCGGAGCGAAGACCCCCGCGAGCGACUGCUGGUCUCCACUCGGGCCAGUUCGGUGCCCCGGAGCCACGAGGAGAGCCUCAAGGGCCUCCGGCAGGCCUCCUCCCUUGUGGCCAGCAACGUGGGCUCUGGGGCCGCCAGGAGGACCGUCCGGGUCUACAAAGGCAGCCGGAGCUUUGGCUUUACCCUUCGCGGCCAUGCCCCCGUCUGGAUUGAGUCUGUCCUGCCUGGGAGUCCUGCUGACAAAGCAUCCCUGAAAGCAGGAGACCGGAUCCUGUUCCUCAACGGCCUGGAUAUGAGGAACUGCUCCCACGAAAAGGUGGUCUCCAUGCUCCAAGGCAGCGGUGCCAUGCCCACCCUUGUUGUCGAGGAAGGCAUCGUCAGCUUCUCAGAUUCAGAGUCCACGGAGUGUCCCAGCUCCUCCUCUGCCUUGACUUCCUUGCAAUGGGUGGCCGAGAUCCUCCCUUCCAGCAUCAAGAUCCAGGGACGGACUUUCCACCAGCAGCUGGAGCACCUGCUCACGCCGCCCGAGCGUUACGCCAUUUGCAAGGCCCUGGAGAGCUUCUUCCAGCACAGGAACAUCGACACCCUGAUUGUGGACAUUUACCCGGUGCUGGACACUCCCUCCAAGCAGGUCAUCUGGCAGUUCAUCUACCAGUUGCUGACCUACGAAGAGCAGGAGCACUGCCAGGAGAAGAUCGCCCGCUUCCUGGGCUACAAAUCGGCAGCAGCAGAGCCCGAGGUGGAAGAGGGUCUCCGGAUGGGACCCUCGAUGAGUCGGAGGAGCCUCCACGGCCACAAUCGCGAGGAAGGAGGAGGUGGAGGAGCUGGAGGCGGCAUUGACGUGGCUGUGGAUUUGCCAGUCCGUGUCGCGCCGGGGGAGAGGCAGGCAGGCGACGGGACGUCCCUUCCGGAAACCCCCAAUCCCAAAAUGAUGUCGGCCGUUUACGCAGAGCUGGAGACCCGGCUGACCACCGGCUUUGGGGGCAAACUGGGCAACUUGGCCGCACACCGGACAUCACCUCCGGAGCAAGGAAACCCUGCAGGGCUUCGCAGGUCUGGCCCGAGCAUCUCUUGGCAGGAGGGCCAUCCGGGCUACUUCCAGGCUCCGGGCGCGUCGGGUGGCCUGCCUUCUCCCGGCAGCACCGAGUCCAACCCCUACGUCAGUCUGGACAGCAGCCCGGCCCCCUCCCCGGAGCAAGGCCUCAGCCCCGCGUCCCAGCGCCACCCGCACAAGAAGCUCUUCACCUUCUCCCGGCCACCGCGCAGCCGCGACACCGAUCGCUUCUUGGAUGCUUUGAGCGAGCAGCUGGGCCACCGCAUCGCCCUCGUGGACGACUUCCUCACCCCGGAGAACGACUACGAGGAAAUGAGCUUCCAGGAUGACCAAGGCAGCUUCAUCACCCAGGACCUGAGCAGUGCCAGCGAGGACCAGAGCAGCAGCAGCAGCAGUGAAGGCAGCAGCGAAGGCAGCUCCCUGACCUACUCCUCCCUGUCAGACCCCAUCCCGCCGCCUCCCCUUAGCCCCCCGCCACCCCCUCCCCACCCGCAGGACCACAAAAAGGGGGCCCAGAGGAGGUCCCAAGUGGGGAAGGCACCCCUGGUUGCACCCUCCGUUUCAUCCUCCUCCUCCGCUUCACCCAAUCCGGCUUCCGUGGCCCCCAAACUGGCCCCCCCGCCGCCCCCGCCACCCCCUCCUCCCCCGGUCCCCUGCGCCCCCCCUCCGGCCCAUCGAGGGGCCUUCCCCCGAAGAAGUGAGUCCAACCACAUGAGCGUCAAGCGGCUGCGAUGGGAGCAAGUGGAGAACUCGGAGGGCACCAUCUGGGGACAGCUCGGAGAGGACUCGGACUACGACAAACUCAGCGACAUGGUCAAAUACCUGGACUUGGAGCUGCAUUUUGGAACGCAAAAACCCGCAAAGCCGAACCCUUUGCCCGAGUCCUUUAAAAAGAAAGACGUGGUUGAGAUUCUGUCGCACAAGAAGGCCUACAACACAGCCAUCCUGAUCGCGCACCUGAAGCUCUCCCACCUGGAGCUGCGCCAGAUCCUGCUCACCAUGGAGAGCGACCGCCUGGAGCCUUCGCACAUCAAGCAACUGCUGCUCUAUGCGCCCGACGCUGAGGAGGUCCAGCGCUACCACAGCUAUCAGGGCAACCCCAGCAAACUCAGCGAGCCGGACCAGUUUGUCCUGCAGAUGCUCUUGGUGCCCGAAUACCAGACCCGGCUGCGCAGCCUCCACUUCAAGGCCUCGCUCCCGGAGAAGACGGAGGAGAUGACGGCAGGCUACGGGUGCCUCUUCAACGCCUCCUUGGAGCUGAAGAACAGCAAGAAGCUGGCAAAGAUCCUCGAGUUUGUGCUGGCCAUGGGCAACUACCUGAACCACGGUCAGCCAAAGGCCAACAAGACCACCGGCUUCAAGAUCAACUUCCUGACCGAGCUGAACACCACCAAGACCGUUGAUGGGAAGUCCACCUUCCUGCACAUCCUUGCCAAAUCGCUGGGCCAACAUUUCCCGGAGCUGCUGGGCUUUGCCAAGGACCUGCCCACGGUGCCCCUCGCUGCCAAAGUGAACCAGAGGACCCUCAUGGCCGACCUGAACGACCUCCGGACCACCGUCGAGGAGAUCGAAGAAGCCUGCCAGAAUAUGGUGCUUUCCCCGGAGGACAGGUUCACCACCGUCAUGGACGCCUUCCUGGAGACGGCGCACCCCACCAUCCAGGCCCUGGAAGACCUUCAGAGCAAAGCCAUGGAAGAGUUCACCAAGGUCCUCUCCUUCUUCGGGGAGGACGCAAAAGCCACCACCUCCGAAGCCUUCUUUGGCAUUUUCGCCGAGUUCAUGAGCAAAUUCGAGCGCGCCUUCAGCGACAUCCAGACCGGGGAGGCACAACCGAGCCUCAGGGUGACUCCACCGCUGGCCUGGUGACCCUCCUGCCAAGGACAAUGUGGGUCAUCCGGGCCCUUUAUUCAAUGGGGACCUGGGGUGAUGGCAGCUGUAAAUAGAAGGGUCGGCUAUAGUUCUCCGAGGCCUCCCUGGCGGAUCGAGGGGCAAUGGGGCCAAGGGCCACGGAUCACGACCUCCUGUGACUUCCCCUUCCCUGUGGCCUUGGCUGACAAACACAAACCCGCCACCGACCUGUGCAUUAGCGGCCCUCGAACUCGCCUCCGCGGCCGCUUUUCUUCUCGCCAGUGGCAAACCCUUUCUCCGCUCCAAGUGCCAGGAAACACCUUUUCUUCGGACAACUGAGCAUCUUCACCGUGUCGUUGCAUCAGUUUCAGAUCACUUGUAUAGCUGCAUUUCGGAGGAAUCCUGGGCUUUGCAGUUUGCAAAAGGACUUAAAAUGCACCAGGGAUGGCAUUAAUGGGAAAGAAAGAGACCGAAGCCUAUCUACACUGAGAUAUAAUCCAGUUUCUGAUUCCAGAUGAUCUGCUUUGAACUGGGUUAUAUGGCAGUGCAGAUUCAGGACCCUUCUACAUUACCAUAUAAUCCAAAUUAUCAAAGCAGAUACAGUAGAGUCUCACUUAUCCAACAUAAACGGGCCGGCAGAACGUUGGAUAAGCGAAUAUGUUGGAUAAUAAGGAGGGAUUAAGGAGAAGCCUAUUAAACAUCAAAUUAGGUUAUGAUUUUACAAAUUAAGCACCAAAACAAAUUUGGCAGAAAAAGUAGUUCAAUACACAGUAAUGCUAUGUAGUAAUUACUGUAUUUACGAAUUUAGCACCAAAAUACCACAAUGUGUUGAAAACAUUGACUACAAAAAUGUGUUGGAUAACCCAGAAUGUUGGAUAAGUGAAUGUUGGAUAAGUGAGACUCUACUGUAAUCAUUAUCUACUUUGAACUGGAUUAUAUGAGUCUAUACUGCCAUAUCAUGCAGUUCAAAGCAAAUAAUCUGGAUUGUAUUUGGAAGUGUAACAAUUCAUAUAAUUACAUAAAUUAUAAAAUAUAAUUUUACAGUAGAGUCUCACUUAUCCAAUGCUCACUUAUCCAACAUUCUGGAUUAUCCAAUAUAUUUUUGUAGUCAAUGUUUUCAAUAUAUCGUGAUAUUUUGGUGCUAAAUUCGUAAAUACAGUAAUUAUAACAUAACAUUACUGAAUAUUGAACUACCUUUUCUGUCAAAUUUGUUGUAUAACAUGAUGUUUUGGUGCUUAAUUUGUAAAAUCAUAACCUAAUUUGAUGUUUAAUAGGCUUUUAAUUAAUCUCUCCUUAUUAUCCAACAUGUUCGCUUAUCCAACGUUUUGCCGGCCCGUUUACGUUGGAUAAGCAAGACUCUACUGUAAUUAAAUAAAUUAUAAAAUAUAAUUUUAUUUGGAAGUGUAGUCAUUCAUAUUGUUCAGUUCAAAGCACAUAAUGUGGGUUCAGAUAUUGACUUGUAUUGCGGUGUAGAUCUUGCCUGAGAAAUAGGUCAACUUGAUCCUGGAUUUGUUGACAUCGUUAAAUCCAGUUUUAUUAAUUUGGAUGCACAGUUGGCUUUCUAAAGAUGCAUCUGCACUGUAAAAUUAGCACACUUUGACACUACUUUGCAAUGGAAUGAUGGGAUUUGGAAUUUACGGAGGCACCGGCUCUCUUUGGCAGAUAAAGACCUUGUAAAACUAUAAAUCACAUUAUAGCAUAGCAUUGAGCCAUGGCAGUUAAAGUGAUCUCAAACCGGAUUAGUUCUACAGAGUAGAUAUACAUUAUAUUGAAUUUUUAAUAAUUCAGGGAGAUGCUAGGCCAAGAUUGCUCUGUCCCUUAGCAAACUACACAUCCCAGCAUUCCUCAGCAUGGAGCUGAUAGGGUUAAAGUGAUACGAAACUAAGGACGUGGUGCAGAAGUGCCCGCUGCCUUCCAAAUGGGGUCUGCCUCGAUAUAUAUCCAUGAAUGCCAUUCUUUAUUCUGAACACACUAUGUAUUUUUUUAUUUAUUUAAAAUCGAAUUGAGGUGCUUUUAUGACUACCGGAUAUAUGUGAAUAAUAUAUAUGUUCUAUAGGUCCGUGUCUCCGUCUGGAUCUCUGUGCUCCCUUCUUGCAAUAAAGCCUCCGUCUUUCUUGCAGCAAAAGAUGAAACAUUGCUUCUUUGUGGCUUCUUUGAGAAACUGCAAGUCGCUUCUGGUGUGAGAGAAUUGGCUGUCUGCAAGGACGUUGCCCAGGGAACGUUGCCCAGAUGUUUUGAUGCUUUUACCAUCCUUGUGGGAGGCUUCUUUCAAUUCACCAUAUGGAGCUGGAGCUGAGAGAGGGAGCUCCUCCGCACUCUCCCCAGGUUGGAGGUGGGUUCCAACAACAACAAACAACAACAACAACAUGAUGAUGAUGGUGGUGAUAAUAAUAAUAAUAAUAAUGCAAUAAGAAUAAGAAUACUUUGUAUUUCUUUCCUGUUUACCCCCAAAGCUUGAGGUGGGUUACAAAAAUAACAACAACAACAUUAUGAUGAUGAUGAUAAUAAUACAAUAAAGAAUAAGAAUACUU